AUUUAUUGACGAGAAAGACAUUUUUCAUCAAAUUAAUAUAUUGAAUGAGAUCUACUUGUUUUGUGGGAUCUGCACAAUAAAAAUAAUAUAGAAAAAAAUAUAAAAACUUCCUAUUUUAAUUUUAUUUAAAAAAAAAAAUUAUAUUUUUUUGUUUUAACAAAGUCAAAACUAUAAUACACAUGUGGAAACACAAAAAAAAUAAAUAAAAAAAGAAUUUAAUUUAUAAUUUAUAGCUUAUAAAAUAAAAAAGUAUAUAAAACUGCGUUUAUUUUGCGAGAAACAGCAAACACAAAAUACAAAAAAUAAUAAAAUAAGAAAUUUUUUAAUUGAAAUUUAUUUUGUCAAUUAUUUUAUUAGUUUUGUCUUCGUUUUCCAAAUAAACAUUUGUAUAUACAUACGAGUAUAUAUGCACAUUUUAAUAAAUAUAUAUAAAGUGUUACAGUUUUGUUUUUAAGUACAUAAGUAAAGAAGUAUAUACUCGUACAAUAUACAUAGAGAGAAAAAAAAUUAUUAAUAUAAUUUAUAAUCAAUUAGCGGAUUUACGAGGAACUACUAAACUACAUAAGAAAUCGUCUUCGAAAAAUUUUCUUCAUUUAAGUAUCAUUUGGAAUUUGGAAAAAACACAAGGAAAAAAACAAUAUGGGUUCCAUACCACAAUUAUCAAUUGUUAAAGGACAACAUCGUGAUUUAAAAAGUCAACGUUUAAGUAAAAUAUUUGAAGUAAAUUUAACAUCAUGGUCAACAAAUACAGCAAUGAUAUAUAAUUGUCCAAGAACAUCAAAACAAAAUCAAAUAACAUAUGAAGAUUUAAAUGCAAAAUCAAAUCGUAUAGCACGUGCUAUUAUAAGAGAAUCAGCACAACGUUUUUUAAAACCAAAUCAAGAUAAUGAUUCAAUAAUAGCAGUUUGUAUGGAACCAACUGAUAAAUUAGUUAUGAUAUUAUUAUCAAUAUGGAAAUCUGGUGCUGCAUAUUUACCACUUGAACCAAGUUUUCCAACAAAUCGUAUUCAUCAUAUAUUAAAUGAAUCAAAACCAUUAAUGGUUAUAUGCGAUGAUAUUGUUGAUACAACAAUAUUUCAAAAAACACAUACAUUACGUAUAUCUGAUCUAUUACAUAAAGCAAGUACAAUGGAUGAUAAUAAUUUAUCAGAUUGUAAACUUUUACCAUUUUCAAAUAAAGAUUUGGCUAUCGUUUUGUAUACGUCUGGUAGUACGGGUAUACCAAAAGGUGUUCGUAUUCCACAUGCUGUUAUAUUGAAUCGUUUAACAUGGCAAUGGGAACAAUUUCCAUAUAUGGCUGAAGAAUCAAUUGGUGUUUUUAAAACAGCAUUAACAUUCGUUGAUUCAGUAUCGGAAAUAUGGGGACCAUUAUUAUAUGGUAUGUCAAUUUUGGUUAUACCAAAAGUUAUUACAAAAGAUCCAGAACGACUGGUUGAAUAUCUUGAAAAAUAUAAAAUUCGACGUUUAGUAUUGGUACCAACAUUAUUACGUUCAUUACUAUUAUAUUUGGGUAUGAAUAAAAAUCAACAACUUUUAUAUGAUUUAAAAUAUUGGAUAUGUUCUGGUGAACCAUUAUCAAUAACAUUGGCAAAAAGUUUCUAUGAAUAUUUUCAAGAGGGACAUCAUACAUUAUUCAAUUUUUAUGGUUCCACUGAAGUUAUGGGCGAUGUAACAUAUUUUAUAUGUGAAAAUCGUAAUCAAUUAGCAAAUUUCGAUAGAAUACCAAUUGGUAUACCAAUAAAUAAUACAAUUAUAUAUUUAUUGGAUCAAGAUUAUAGACCAGUUAAAAAUGGUGAAAUUGGUGAAAUAUUUGUUGCUGGUUAUAAUUUAGCAGCUGGUUAUGUUAAUGGAAGAGAUGAACAUCGUUUUAUAGAAAAUCCGUUAGCAGUUGAUUCAAAAUAUUCAAAACUUUAUCGUACUGGUGAUUUCGGUUCCCUAAACAAUGGAUAUUUAAUGUAUGAAGGACGUACAGAUUCACAAAUUAAGAUUCGUGGACAUCGUGUUGAUUUGUCAGAAAUUGAAAAAAAUCUUUUAAGACUUGAAUAUAUCGAAAAAGCCGUUGUACUUUGUUAUCAUGCAGGAGAAAUUGAUCAAGCAAUAUUGGCAUUUGUAAAAUUAGAUGAUGACUCAAAACCACGUACUGGAUUACAUAUUGAAUCAGCAUUAAAAGAUGCUCUACCAACUUAUAUGAUUCCUCAAGUAAUUAUUAUUGAUAAAGUACCGUUAUUAGUUAAUGGUAAAGUUGAUCGACAAGCUCUAUUGAAAUCAUAUGAAAAUGCAAAUAAUAAUGAAGAUUCAGAAAUUAUAAUCGAUUAUGAUUAUAGUGAUGUUCCAGAAAGUUUACAAAUAAUAGCUGAAGAUUUAUUUGAAACAGUUGGUAGUGUAAUUGGACGUUCAACAAGAACAACAUUAUCAGUUAAAAGUAAUUUUUAUGAAUUGGGUGGCAAUUCAUUGAAUUCCAUAUAUACUGUAACGAAAUUGAGAGAGAAAGGCUACUUCAUUGGUAUCUCUGAAUUUAUUGGUGCUAAGAAUUUAGGUGAAAUUUUAAAGAAGAUUUCAAAAGGAAAUGUAAUUGAAAUGGAAGAAGAUGAUGUCGGUUCUACAUUAAAUUUGAAAGCAUAUCCAUUGAGACAUGAAGAUCGAGAAAUUGUUAUUGAAAUUAUUACGGAAAGUUUUUAUGAAAAGGCUGAUUUAGAGCAAUGGUUAAAACCUGAUAUUUUACCGAGUGAUUAUUACGAUAUAUUAACAGCUGUUUGGGGACCAUUAGUUGAAAAAGGAUUAAGUUUUAUUGUAAAAAAUGGUGAUACAAAUGAAACAAUUGCUGCUGCAUUAAAUUUUGAUGCUCGUGAUGAACCAGCUGUAGAAGUUAAUAAUAAAAUGGUUAUAAUUUUUGAUUUUCUAGAAUAUUUAGAAGGUCCAAUAAGAGAUAAUUAUUUACCAAAAGGAUUAAAUAAAAUUUUACAUUCCUUCAUGAUGGGUACAGAUCAAAAAUUAAGUGCACAAGAAAAUAUAGUUUGUAUGCAUUUUAUGGAAAGUGAAGUAUUAAAAUUGGCAAAAUCGAAAAAAUUUGCUGGCAUCUUUACAACUAACACUAGCCCUUUAACACAGCAACUUGGCGGAGAUGUUUAUGGCUACAAAACUUUAUUAGAUUAUCAAGUUAAUAAAUAUGUACAUUCAGAUGGCUGGAGACCAUUUGCAAAAGCUCCAGAUUCACAAAGAGCAAUUGUACAUUGGAAAGCUAUUAGUGAUGAAGGUCGUAUUUAAAAUGUUAAUAAGUAAUUUUUUUUUUUUUAGGAAUAUUAGAAAUUAAAUUUAAAUUAUUAGAUUAUUAUUAUCAGUAUUACAAUGUCUUCAAUGAAUAGUUGUUGUUUCGACAAAAUUUUCAUUUUUGCGAUUUUAAGUUUUAUGUA